AUUCUCUACCAAAAACCCUUCGCCUCCUACACUCCCCAUCCCCACUCCCCCAACCCAAAAAAUGGCCGCUGCAGCCGUUCGCCCACUCGUUAAUGUCCAACCUUUGGAAGGAGACAUGGCCACCGACGUCGCCUCAACCGCUCCUCUCCCCGAUGUCAUGAAAGCCGCCAUCCGCCCUGACAUCGUCAGCCACGUCCACGACAACAUCUCCAAAAACAAACGUCAACCAUACGCCGUCUCCAAACGCGCUGGUCACCAAACCUCCGCCGAAUCCUGGGGGACUGGUCGAGCCGUCUCACGUAUCCCACGUGUUCCUGGUGGUGGUACCCACAGAGCUGGUCAAGGUGCUUUCGGUAACAUGUGUCGUGGUGGUCGUAUGUUUGCUCCAACUAAGAUCUGGCGUCGCUGGCACCGCAAAAUCAAUGUUAACCUGAAACGAUACGCCGUCGUUUCUGCUAUUUCCGCUUCGGCUAUUCCUUCUCUUGUGAUGGCGCGUGGACACCGAAUCGAGUCGGUUCCGGAACUUCCACUUGUGAUUUCGGAUUCGGCUGAGAGUGUUGAGAAGACUUCCGCUGCUAUUAAGGUGUUGAAACAGAUCGGGGCUUAUCCGGACGUCGAGAAGGCUAAAGAUAGCCAGGCCAUUCGUCCCGGAAAGGGAAAAAUGAGGAAUCGUCGCUAUAUUUCUCGGAAAGGGCCAUUGAUUGUGUACGGAACUGAGGGAGCUAAGCUUGUGAAGGCAUUCAGGAACAUUCCUGGCGUGGAAAUAGCCAAUGUGGAUAGGUUGAAUUUGCUCAAACUUGCGCCGGGUGGACAUUUGGGGCGCUUUGUGAUCUGGACUAAAUCGGCUUUGGAGAAGCUUGAUUCCAUCUAUGGGACUUUUGAUAAGUGUUCCGAGAAGAAGAAGGGAUACGUGCUUCCCCGUCCCAAGAUGGUUAAUGCUGAUUUGGCUAGGAUUAUUAACUCAGAUGAGGUCCAAUCGGUUGUGAAGCCGAUUAAGAAGGAUGUCAAGAGAGCCCCAAUGAAGAAGAAUCCCCUUAAGAAUUUGAAUGCUAUGCUGAAGCUUAACCCAUAUGCUAAAACUGCUAGGAGAAUGUCUCUUUUGGCUGAGGCUCAACGAGUCAAGGCCAAGAAGGAGAAGCUUGACAAGAAAAGGAAACCCCUCUCUAAGGAGGAGGCAGCUACAAUCAAGUCUGCAGGAAAGGCUUGGUACCAGACAAUGAUCUCUGAUAGUGACUACACCGAGUUUGAGAACUUCACUAAGUGGCUUGGUGUAUCACAGUAAUUUAGUACUAUUUGUUUUAUAAAUUACCUUGGACCAAUUUUUUUGUUAGUUGGUUUUGUUUUGUUGUUGAAUUUAUAUUUGCUGUUUGAGUUAUGGAUGAGUGGAGUGGAAAGCUGUACUUCCCUCUUUUUUGUCCAUUUUUCUGGCUAGGUGGAACAAUUUCCUUUACUUACAAUGAGAACAAGUAUUAAACAAUUUAGAACUGCAAGUUCCGUUUUGAUGAUGAAAUGCUUUUUCUUUGUCCGUGGUGUAGACUUGGUUACACUGGUGCUUGUGUUGCAAAGAUGUAAUUUUUAGUUGUUUGCUUCGAUUGCUAUGCCAUUGGCAUUAGUAAUCUUUGAGUUUCCUUAUAGCUGAUUGAAUGUUUA